AGCCCGUAAAUCCGGUGAACAUCCCUCCCUCAUAUUACCACUGGGAUUUAGCAAAAGCACCAUGACCUUCUUUGUUUCCACCUUCGUAUUUUCAUUCAAAACUUGAAGCACAUAUUCCUGCUUUUUCAGAAAGAAGAGACCCGCCUUUGGAUUUGGUCCAAGUCCGAGACCGAUUACACUCGUCCGUCGUCAACUCUGUCUCUAGGAUCUUCUAUCCCUAGAUCAGAAAAUGUCACGAGCUGAAGAACUAUGGGAGCGGUUAGUACGUGCUGCAUUAAGCAGGGAAAGGGUAGGCGCUGGUGCAUAUGGGCAUCCUAGUACUGGCAUUGCUGGAAAUGUACCAUCUUCGCUUGCAAACAAUAGGGAUAUUGAUGAAAUUUUGAGGGCUGCGGAUGAAAUUCAAGAUGAAGAUCCCAAUAUUUCUAGAAUCUUAUGUGAGCAUGCUUAUUCACUGGCUCAAAAUCUGGAUCCUAAUAGUGAAGGAAGAGGAGUUUUACAAUUCAAAACUGGACUGAUGUCAGUAAUCAAGCAAAAACUAGCAAAGAAGGAGGUUGGUCCAAUAGAUAGAAGUCAAGACAUUGCACGGUUGCAAGAGUUCUACAAACUGUACAGAGAGAAGAAUAAUGUGGACAAGCUACGAGAAGAAGAAAUGAAGUUGAGGGAGUCUGGUGCUUUUAGUGGAAACCUGGGCGAGUUGGAGCGAAAGACAGUAAAGAGAAAACGGGUGUUUGCAACUUUAAAAGUUUUAGGGACGGUGCUGGAACAGUUGACCAAGGAGAUUCCUGAAGAGCUUAAACGGGUGAUGGAAUCUGACGCUGCAAUGACUGAAGAUUUAAUUGCUUAUAACAUUAUACCAUUGGACGGUCCGUCCUUAACAAAUGCCAUUGUGGAUUUGCCUGAGGUGCGAGCUGCAGUGUCAGCUUUAAAGUACUUUAGGGGUUUACCAAAAUUGCCUGUGGAUUUUCCCAUUCCUGCGACGAGGAAUGCUGAUAUACUUGAUUUUCUGCAUUACAUAUUUGGAUUUCAGAAGGACAAUGUUUCCAACCAGCGGGAACAUAUAAUUCAUCUCCUUGCCAACGAACAAUCACGGCUUCAUAUUCCUGAAGAACCUGAACUGAUGUUGGAUGCAGCUGCUGUACGGGAUAUAUUUCUGAAGUCCCUUGAUAACUACGUUAAAUGGUGUAACUACUUGUCCAUUCAGCCUGUUUGGAGCGACCUGGAAGCUCUUAGCGAGGAAAAGAAAUUACUAUUUGUCUCUCUUUACUUUCUGAUAUGGGGUGAAGCGGCCAACAUUAGAUUUGUUCCAGAAUGCCUGUGCUACAUAUUUCAUCAUAUGGUAAGGGAAAUGGAUGAGAUUUUGAGGCAGCAGAUUGCACAGCCAGCCAAUAGUUGCAGUUCUGAAAGUGGUGUGUCAUUCCUUGAUCAAGUAAUCUUGCCUUUGUACGAGGUUGUCGCUGCGGAAGCUGCAAACAAUGAUAAUGGACGAGCACCUCAUUCUUCUUGGAGAAAUUAUGAUGACUUCAAUGAGUACUUUUGGUCACUUCAUUGCUUUGAACUUAGUUGGCCCUGGCGUAGAAGUUCGUCCUUUUUCCUAAAGCCAAAACGCAGAUCAAAGAAUAUGCUUAUAUCUGGUGGAAGUCAGCGUUGUGGGAAAACUUCCUUUGUUGAGCAUCGGACAUUUCUUCAUCUUUAUCAUAGUUUUCACCGUCUGUGGAUAUUUCUUUUUAUGAUGUUUCAGGGGCUCACCAUCAUCGCAUUCAAUGAUGGACAUCUUAAUGCCAAGACGUUACGGGAAGCUCUUAGCCUCGGUCCAACAUUUGUAGUAAUGAAGUUCUUUGAGAGUGUUUUGGAUAUUAUCAUGAUGUAUGGGGCAUACUCUACAACACGGCGCGUGGCCAUUUCUAGAAUCUUUCUCCGCUUUCUUUGGUUUAGUAUUGCUUCAGUCUUCAUAUGUUUCCUUUAUGUGAAAGCUCUUGAGGAAGAGAGUAAACAAAGCACAGAUUCAGUUAUAUUCAGACUUUAUCUGAUUGUAAUUGGCAUAUAUGCUGGUCUCCAGUUUUUCAUUAGCUUCCUUAUGCGAAUACCUUUGUGCCACAAAAUAACAAAUCAAUGUGAUCGCUGGCCUUUAAUACACUUUGUGAAGUGGAUGCGCCAGGAACGGUAUUAUGUUGGACGCGGCAUGUAUGAGAAGACCACUGAUUUUGUCAAGUAUAUGCUCUUUUGGCUUCUUGUUUUGAGUGGAAAAUUUUUGUUUGCCUACUUUCUCCAGAUCCAGCCGUUGGUGAAACCAACCAGGGAAAUAGUAACCAUGAGCCCUAUUAACUAUUCUUGGCAUGAUUUAGUAUCUAAAAAUAACCAUAAUGCAUUGGCAGUUGCUAGCUUGUGGGCUCCAAUAGUUGCGAUCUAUCUCUUAGAUAUCUAUGUGUUCUACACCCUUAUAUCUGCUGUUUGGGGAUUCUUGCUUGGUGCUAGAGACCGUCUUGGUGAGAUUAGGUCAUUGGAAGCCCUUCACAAACUUUUUGAGCAGUUUCCUGGAGCUUUUAUGGACACUCUUCACAUUCCUCUUUUCAACAGGACUUCCGGUUCUUCAUCCAAACAGGAUGUAGAGAAGAAGAAGAAGGUUGAUGCUGCUCGAUUUGCUCCUUUCUGGAAUGAGAUCAUAAAAAGUUUGAGGGAUGAAGAUUAUAUUACUGACUUGGAAAUGGAGCUGCUGCUUAUGCCAAAAAAUUCUGGAAUUAUUUCCUUGGUUCAGUGGCCCCUUUUUCUUCUUUCUAGCAAGAUAUUUCUGGCCAAGGAUAUUGCUUUAGAGAAUAGAGAUUCACACGAUGAUCUCUGGGACAGGAUCUCAAGGGAUGACUAUAUGAAGUAUGCUGUUCAGGAGUGCUACCAUUUGAUUAGGCUUAUCCUGACCGAAUUAUUGGAUGAUGAAGGACGGAUGUGGGUUGAAAGGAUAUAUGAAGAUAUUCAUGCAAGUAUUGUGAAGAAGACUAUUCAGGUUGACUUUGCACUCAGUAAGCUGCCGCUUGUUAUUUCUCGAGUCACUGCACUGAUGGGAAUUCUGAAAGAGGUUAAAACACCAGAGCUGGAAAAAGGUGCUGUUAAGGCUAUUCAAGAUCUCUAUGAUGUUAUCCGACAUGAUUUCCUUUCUAUUAAUUUGAGGGAGCACUACGAAACCUGGAAUAUAUUGUCAAAAGCAAGGACUGAAGGUCGUCUUUUUACAAAGUUGAAGUGGCCCGAAGGUGCUGAGCUGAGAGCACAAGUCAAAAGAUUGUAUUCAUUGUUGACUAUGAAAGAUUCGGCUUCAACUAUUCCCAAAAAUCUUGAGGCCGGGCGUAGGCUGGAAUUCUUCACUAAUUCCCUUUUUAUGGAUAUGCCUGUAGCCAAACCAGUGCGUGAGAUGUUGUCGUUCAGUGUGUUCACUCCAUAUUAUUCUGAGACUGUACUUUAUAGUAUGUCUGAACUCCAGAUGAAAAAUGAAGAUGGUAUAUCGAUUUUAUUUUACCUUCAAAAAAUAUAUCCAGAUGAGUGGAAGAACUUCCUUGCUCGAAUUGGUCGUCAUGAGAGUACACAAGAUUCUGAGCUUUUGCAAGAUCCUACUGAGACCCUUGAACUUCGGUUUUGGGCUUCUUACAGGGGACAAACAUUGGCCCGAACUGUUCGUGGGAUGAUGUACUAUAGAAAAGCUCUUAUGCUUCAGACAUAUUUGGAGAGGAUAACUUCUGAAGAUUUGGAGGCUGCAGUUUCUAGCAAUGAAGCAACUGAUGAUCGAGGGUUUGAGCUCUCUCCUGAAGCACGGGCUCAGGCAGAUCUUAAGUUUACUUAUGUGGUUACAUGUCAAAUAUAUGGAAAGCAGAAAGAGGAACAAAAACCCGAAGCUGGUGAUAUCGCAUUGCUUAUGCAGAGAAAUGAAGCUCUUCGAGUCGCUUUUAUUGAUAUUGUUGAAACUUCAAAGGAUGGUAAUGUGCAGACGGAAUUCUACUCGAAGCUCGUGAAAGCUGACAUCAAUAGGAAAGAUAAGGAAAUAUACUCCAUAAAAUUACCUGGAAAUCCAAAAAUUGGUGAAGGAAAACCUGAGAACCAAAACCAUGCAAUCAUAUUUACACGUGGAAGUGCAGUUCAGACAAUUGAUAUGAAUCAGGAUAAUUAUUUUGAGGAAGCCUUGAAGAUGAGAAAUCUUCUUGAAGAAUUCCGUCGUGAUCCUGGUUUUCAUGGUAUUCGUCCUCCUACCAUUCUUGGUGUCCGGGAACAUAUAUUUACUGGAAGUGUCUCUUCUUUAGCCUCAUUCAUGUCUAAUCAGGAAACUAGCUUUGUGACUCUUGGUCAGCGUGUUUUGGCAAACCCUUUAAAGGUUCGCAUGCAUUAUGGCCAUCCAGAUGUUUUUGACAGAGUAUUCCACAUAACCAGGGGUGGUAUUAGCAAGGCGUCUCGGGUUAUCAAUAUUAGUGAAGAUAUCUUUGCAGGAUUCAGUUCAACUUUACGACAAGGGAAUAUUACUCAUCAUGAGUAUAUCCAGGUUGGGAAAGGACGAGAUGUUGGGCUUAAUCAGAUUGCUCUAUUCGAGGGGAAGGUUGCUAGUGGUAAUGGUGAACAAGUUCUUAGUCGAGAUGUAUACAGGCUGGGGCAGCUCUUUGAUUUCUUUAGAAUGAUGUCGUUCUACUUUACAACUGUUGGAUACUACUUUUGUACUAUGUUAACGGUGUUGACUGUAUACAUUUUCCUAUAUGGGAAGGCAUAUUUGGCGCUAUCUGGAGUUGGUGAAAGUAUCGAAUUUCAAGCUAAAAUAACUAAGAACACUGCCCUUAGUGCUGCAUUAAACACGCAGUUCCUCUUUCAAAUUGGUAUUUUCACUGCUGUGCCAAUGGUUUUGGGCAUCAUUUUGGAGCAAGGUUUCUUGAGGGCCAUUGUUACUUUUGUUACGAUGCAAUUUCAGCUUUGUUCUGUGUUCUUCACAUUCUCUCUGGGCACAAGAACUCAUUACUUUGGGCGGACUAUUCUUCAUGGUGGUGCUAGGUAUCAAGCAACUGGGAGGGGAUUUGUCGUACGGCAUAUUAAAUUCUCCGAGAAUUAUAGGCUUUACUCCCGCAGUCAUUUUGUUAAAGGAUUUGAAGUUGUGCUUUUGUUGAUAGUGUUUCUUGCAUAUGGGUAUAAUGAUGGUGGUGCACUGUCGUACAUUCUUCUUACAGUGAGCAGUUGGUUUAUGGCUCUUUCUUGGCUCUUUGCUCCCUAUUUGUUCAAUCCAUCUGGGUUUGAGUGGCAGAAGGUAGUGGAGGAUUUCAGAGAUUGGACCAAUUGGCUCCUUUACAGAGGGGGGAUUGGAGUGAAGGGAGAAGAAAGCUGGGAAGCUUGGUGGGAUGAAGAACUGGCACAUAUUCGGACCUUGGGAGGGAGAGUUGCGGAAACUAUUUUGAGUAUAAGAUUUUUCAUCUUCCAGUAUGGCAUUGUCUAUAAGCUGCACGUGCAAGGAAACAAUACUUCAUUGACGGUGUAUGGCCUGUCAUGGAUCGUGCUACUUGUGCUUAUUAUUCUUUUCAAGGUUUUCACAUUCAGCCAGAAAAUCUCAGUCAAUUUCCAGCUUUUGUUGCGCUUCAUCCAAGGCCUCUCCUUUUUGGUGGCACUUGCUGGUUUAGCCGUUGCAGUUAUUUUAACGGAUUUGUCAGUUGCUGACGUAUUUGCUUGCAUCUUGGCAUUUGUACCAACCGGAUGGGGAAUGCUUUCUAUUGCUGGAGCUUGGAAACCUUAUGUGAAAAGGCUAGGAUUGUGGAAAUCAGUCCGGUCUCUCGCACGAUUAUAUGAUGCCGGGAUGGGGAUGCUCAUUUUCAUUCCUGUUGCAUUCCUUUCGUGGUUCCCCUUCGUAUCAACUUUCCAAACCCGCCUCAUGUUUAACCAGGCAUUCAGCCGAGGGUUGGAAAUAUCUCUGAUCCUUGCUGGAAACAACCCCAAUACUGGGAUAUGA